AUGGAAACUUGGAAACAACGUAUUCAAACGUGCGAGAGCAUCCAAAGACUCUCCUCAAUACUCGGAGAUUUACGUUUUAACAAAACAGACCAAAUUAACACAGUAUUGCAAUCCUCUUUACGGAAACAGAUUUUCUUUAAUUAUGGCUACGAUACGCUUGCUUCCAUUGAAGAUAGCUAUUUUCUUGGGCUGUUCGAAACCCAUCUGAGUACGCGAGGAAAUCUUACAACAUUGAUGAAUUCUUCUCUUGAACUUCAAGAUCAUCCUGUGAAUGAAAUAAUUGAGAGACACUACCAAAGGGCGAUAGAAAAUGUCAAGACAUACUGUGAAACGAAAUGUUAUGAACUAAAGUUGGCUCUUUUAAGACAUUAUUUCCUAUUGCCAAUUGGCAGCGCCAACCAUGUACAAAACUUUCUAAAGCGUAUUGAAAGAUUCUUCACAGAUACUUAUGUCAACACUAUCCACACACUCCGAGGCACCGCUAGGAUCCAACUUACCGGACAACAAAUCCAGAAGGUUAUACUCCUCCCUGAGGUCGUCACCACCCGCUUUUCCGACCAUACUACACAAAUCCUUGAGGCUUUUUAUAAGCAAAAUGCUCGUCCUAAGAGAUCAGAUAAGGUCAAGCUCGCCGAGGAAACUGGUCUAUCUAUCGAGCAGAUUGAGACAUGGUUUAAUAACAAGAGAAGCCGUACACCAAAGGAGGAUACAGGUUUAUGUGAGAAACAAGUAAGACAGUUCAUAUUAGAAAUGGAGAUUGAUUGGAUCGAAGAGUUGAAAUUAGUUGAAAACAAUAGUUUAGCAUCCGAAGACACUCGUUGUAUUGACAAUGUUGAUCAUGGCUAUGUCAUUGAAAUUCCGCCAAGCCCUGAAUUGUCUGGUUCUAUUGAAGUAGAUAAUCAAUCACCUUCGUCAGGGACACGUUCUACCUCGAAACUAGUAUCGCGAUCGAAAUUUACAAAAAAUGCUCGCAAAAUGGCUAGUCCAUAUGCAACGUCUCGCCCUCGGAAAGGUAAAUCUACGGGCAUUUGCAGUGUUCGAAUGAAAACGCCAACCGUAGAAAAUCUACCUGAAAACGGCAGGGCUGGUCCCGCUAGUCAAAUAGGAUCGAUUAAUGCUACUUUAAUUGCGAGCUCGUCAUCCGCAAACAUUACUCCUUCACCAAGUAAUUUAAAAGUUCGCGUAUCUCUUAACAAGGCAACGGCUAGAGCACGCGCACAGCCUUAUUCAUGUAUUCCACCUAAGCGUCUUCGGAAGGCUAAAUAUCCGCCAACAGACAAUGGUCAUGCAAGCAACACGUCGGCACCAGCGAUUCAUAUGGCUAACGAUUCCUAUGAGCAAAUAUACACUGAAGGAUUCUUGCACAAUAUGACACCAUCAACUGAUAAUGAAAGCUAUUUCACAGAAAGUCUGGAUGAAGCUUUUGAUCGCAACAAUCAAUUUCUACCAAUAAUGGAACCAGAAUACAAUCUUACUUUCUUGGCUGAACAAUAUUAUAAUGGUCUAUCGAGCGAGCAGUUGGCUUCAGAAAAUGCAUUGAUAUUAUCACCUGUUUCCGUAUUAGACCAUCAGCAGCAAUGUCUUCGAAACGUUGAUCAAACGAUAGGACUAUUCGAUGUACAAGAAACAGAAAUAUACGACCAUAAUGUUAACUAUCAACUCAGCAAUGAUGCGUCUGAUAUGAAUCUGCAGAGCUUGUCUUCUAGUUUUCUUCCGUCCGAUUGUUUUCAGGCUUACAAUCAGUUCACCUGUGAAGGCUUUGACGAUGAAUCUAGCUCAACACAGUCAAAGUCUACUCAAUCAGAUAUUGACUAUCCGCUAGACGAAACUUUCUUAUUCGAUUCUAGUAAUCAAGAAGCAGAGUUUCCUGAACCGUAUUUCAUUGACACUGUGCUGGCCAACAAUGGUGAGUUCUCUUCGUUCACACCCUAUGAAGGAUUGCUUGGCUUUGGAUGUAUGAAUAACGACGUCAAUUUCUCCACCGACGAAACGCUUAAUACGACGCUUCAACACAACAUAUCUGGGUCUGAAUCUUCUCCGUGGGUGAUAUUGACAGAUGACGAUUAA